AUGAAUAAUUCUGUCGUCGAUCCAGUCAAUCAUGCAACUAAGGAUCCCAAGUUCGGCCCGGGCGUCGGUCAAGCCUUCUUUUCUACGGGGCUCGGGGCUCGCGCCGCUCGUUCGCUAGAUCCUACUUGCACGUCUGUCAUCACACGCAGCGUCCAAGGUCCAGCAGUCGUGGUACAUGCAGCAACGUACUGGCAGACCAAGUACAAGAGCCAAUGUCUUUGCAUCUUCCCUUCCCAAGGAUGGACCGUCGAAGACCUCUGGGAUGCCGAAGAUCUUCAUGUCGAGGGCAGGAAGUUCUGCGAUGAGAGGUUGACCUUCAUCUCGCGGAGCACCUACUACAUGGCGGAUAGGUUCGCUAGAGAUUGGGCGCGAGCGCAUCCGGAUCGAAUCGACUUCACAGGGCUUGAGAUGGGGAACGUUUACGAUAUCAAUGAUCCGCUUGAGAUCAUUGACCAAAUCUUCAUCUUCGGCGAGCCUAUAGACUUCCCUCGCGUGUUCCUUUGGCAUGUUGCUCACAUCUUGAUCGCUACUUGGAUCGAGACAAACAAGGCGACCGAUACGACAGUGCGGAUGAGCCUGACGCCACAGGCACGGGCUGGGAGUCAAAAGACCGCCAAUGGACAGGCGGGGCCUUCCUCCACCCCUACUAAUGCGUCUGACGAGAAGAACUCCAGUAAGAAGGAUCGCAAACUAACACGAUUUCGGUCCAGCAAACUGACAAUACCGACAGAAUCUUCGUCUGCUGUCGAAGAUCCACACCUCACGACGGUCAUGGCUUCCGGAGCGCCAGACCCGCCCGAUACACGCCCUGUAUUUCAGCGCGUUCCACCACAAGGUCCUGUACACACUGGAGGCCAUUCUGGACUUAUGAGGGGCGGCGAUGCGGGUGUCGUCAUGGGACCUUUUAGGGUAUCGCCCAAUAUGCAUGCACUACCCUUGAAUAUUCCGAAGGCCAACCGCAACAUGGGAUCUGGGUCGUACGGCCAGCAACACGGCUGGGUCGAGAACAACAACCGUACUAUGUACGGAGCGUACCCGCGGCAACCCUCUGGUACUAUGCCUAGCAUGCAGUCACACCACUUCAUGUCGCCGCAGAUGGCAACGGGCCAACACAUCCCGCAACCGAUGAUAGCGGGUUCGUCACCGUACGUCCAAGUGGUUCAUUCAGGGCAUGGGUUUCAGCAACAUGAUCCUGGGAUGGUUCCUCGUACACACAUCAACUAUCAGCAAGGCAUGAUACAGACUCAGCCUAUGAACCCCGUGUUUCCUCAUCAGCCAAAUGGCCAGUAUGUCUCCAUGGGCAACAUGACCAACAACAUGCACCAUGCCAAUAAUAUGAUGUCUCAACACCAGGAUCCUCGCGCGCCGAUGCCUCGUCGUCCUAAUCAGCGCAAUAUCCAAGACCUCUUCGAUCCUUAUAGUGGCAACAAUCCCAAGUUUAACGGUGCGCUAGGAUAUAACAACGGGGGUCGGAAGGGUGCCAAUAACAAUUUCGCGCCUCAGCCUGGUCGUGGACGCAAGGUGUCGAACAUGGGUGGACGUGACACGUAUCACAGGACCAACGUUGAUUACAAUGCCAACGUCUCAUCUAGCGGAUCUCGCAACUCUGACUUUAACGCUCGACGUCGUCUUUCUGAGGAUGACCCGACCAUCACCGGCGACUCUGUCUCUGGUUGCGGUCACACGUGGAUUGGACCAAAGAACUUAACCGUUAGUGAGCUUUGGAUAGGGGAUUUACCGGCAGAUGUGGGUGAAGACGAGCUCAUACAGCUGUUCAAGCAGACUGUUGGUGUUACUGCCAUUGCAAUUUCCUUGAGGAAUAAGUUUCCGCAAAACGGUACUCAUGCUUUUGCUACAUUUGCUUCGUCUGCGGACGCCAAGGCAGCUUUGGGCAUCACAAAGUUCAAUCCUCAGCUACGCGGUGGGCGUCUUAUCGUGACAGUACCGAGGCGUUUCUACCAGAAGGACCAACCCCCAACCUCAGGCUACUUUGAUCAGACGCAUACCGGGCAGGCAAUCGAUCGCACUAAUCGUGACGCUACACGUAUGUCGACUCAGCAAGUAGAGGAGGCUGUUGGGGACCCAGAUACAGACCCGGCUGCGGUGAAAGGAAACGCAUUAUACUCUCCCCAGGAUGCUAGAAGCGGACUGUCGAAGAAACUACCGACGCAGUCGGAAGUCACCGAUCACACAAGGACAGGAAAUACCGAACUUGAGAUGCCCAAACACCAGCAGAAGUCUCCUACGAAGAAGUACAAGGGAAAGGCUAAGCGCGAAUCGCCGGUCAAGAAGACCAAUCCAGCAGAAAAGACUAUCAAGACGUCUGGAAAGCUGAACGCCGAUCAUCCGGCUAUCACUAAAGAGAAUCAGACUGGCAAAGAGCCUCUUCAUACGGUCACUGAGCUUAUGAAGCCAGCAAGUACCGAUGUUGUUACGUUGGCCCAGGGCCAUAUAACCCCUACGAUUGACGCUAUCCUAGCUGCUGAUCAGUCAGAAAACACAACGCACGACCUGACUUUUCAACUGCCCGAGAAUUCUAGGGCGUCCGAUAUUGUGCGUGAAGACGGAAAGCCGCCAACCGAGCCCAGCUCCGAUGUCUCGCCUGCAUUUGCGGGCAACCAGUUCCGAGUUUCAGAGACUGCACAUGACAGUAUCCGGGUUGCUGAUGGUGGUAAGAGCACGAGUGCUGAAUCUUCCAACACACCUUCAAAGGAGUCAUCCUCGCAACUAGCAGAUGAUAGCGUCUCGGAUGAUGAGGCUAAGAACGACAGCAGCUUCCAUUUGGCGCCAGAAGUUCAGCCUGACUCUGUGCAUGUGGAAGCACAGUCAAAGAUUGGAGACAAGACUAUGCCUUCGAAGUGGGAUAUCUCCGAUUCACCGCCUGCAGCUACCGAGACCGACCUGCGUGAUCCCCAAACACUGCACACUGAGCGAUCUUCGAACCAGUCCGAAGGAGCCGCAUCCGCGCCGCCAAAGGAAGCGACAACACCUGGGGUUCCAAAAUUGCACAAUACGCAAGAGUCCGCAGCGAGUACCACAAGCGAUACUGCGCCCACUUCUGCUCUAGAUAGCGCAGUACUGUCGACAGCCACAGAGGUCUCACUUGCCGAUGGGACUAGAAAGUCUGGCGCUCCGCAGAUGCAGUCGCUCCACCCAUUUGCGAAGAACAAGUCCCAGGCAAAGAAACAGAGGGAGGCCAAGAAGAAGCAACAGAAGAAAGAAGAUGCCGAUCGUAUCGUUAAGGCAAAGGCCGAGAAAGCCACAUCCUCGAAAAAGCCUGUUGAUGAUCUCACCAUUCAGCCCAAUACUGGGUCGCUUACAGACUCGGCCAACUCGUCCACGACUACAGACGCAAUUACCAAACUGGACAAAGGCGCUACGACUACAGGGAACAAGAAGUCCAAAGCGAAGGCAAAGGUACCAACAGCGGGUGCCAGCCCUGCAGAUCGCAAGAACAAGGUUAAUAAUGAGGAAGAGGCUGGUAAGCUUGAUGGUGCUAUAAAAAAUCCCAAGAAGAUCCCUUCAGUAACUCAUAAGUUGGACAAGGUGGAGGUCUCCAACGCCGAGCCAGUCGAGCAGGAAUCCUCGGGUCGUUCUGGGGCAGAAUGGGUUCCUGAACCCACUCCCUCACGUCCCUUCCCAGAAGAUGCCCACCCAGGAAGCUCUCAAGUCUCUCAAAUAGACUCAAAUUCGGGUCUCAAACUUCUGUAUUCAACCGCCGACGACCUCAUUCCCUCCCAGCACGAUACACCCUCUUCAGAGUACAUGUCUCGCAGUUCUUCCCCCUCCACCUUGGUUGGAGAAGAGGAACGAACGUCACCACUUGGUCACACCAAUCCUGCACUCAAUCCCCCAGACCCCUCGCAGCCUGUUUCCGUUUCUGUUGAAGCACCCCAGGCCGACACUGCACCAACUGCAGCACCCAAAAAGAAAAAGAAGAAUUCUAAAAAGAACCAGAAGACUGCUGCAACUGCGACUAAUCCUGCACAGCCUAGCACCGGCGAGGACUACCAUACCUAUGAUCCUUUCACCUCGCAACUGAGCCAUAUAGAUGCCAUUCGUCGUGCGGUCAAGUACGACACUACGUCUUACUUUGCACGCACGAAUGCGCGAAUCGAGAAGGAAGCCGAAGAGUGGAAGGAAGCUGGUCAAUUACCCAAAGCGGGUUGA